AUGGCCAACCAAAUUCAUGGUACUGGUUCUCCAUCACCUGCUGGGGAGUGGACUUUCUGUCUUUUGUCCCAGGUUAUCGAUCGUUAUAAAAGACAGCCAAUCAUUACAGCCAUUCUUCGGAGUAUCUUCAGUCAACUUAAAAUGUCCAAUUACGAUGAUAUGUUUUGGGCAGCCUGCUGCUUAGCUUACUUCGGGUUCCUACGCUCUUCCAAAUUCACCGUGCCUAAUGGUGAUAACUUCUCCCAAGCUCUUCACCUUUCCGUCAGUGACAUAACCGCUGAUCAACGGGUUGCCUCAUCUCGUACACAAGUGAACAUCAAGGUAUCUAAAACGGAUCCAUUUCGCCAAGGUUGCGUUAUCACAUUGGGACGAGGCACAUCGCCCUUGUAUCCAGUCGAGGCGCUGUUCAACUAUUUAGACGUACGUGGUGGCGCAUCAGGUCCGCUAUUUGUCCCGCUCAAACGGUGCUCCAUUAAAUAG